UUAUGAAGCUGAUUGCAGGCCUUCUUUAGGACCCCAAAGAUUAUAUUUUCGAUACUUUUCCACACUUUAUACUGUGGGGCAGUCUUAUUCACCAUUAUGUAUCUUUUUUGCGUCAAAUUUUCAGCUUAAGAACUUGAAUAAAUAAUUGUGUACUUAGAUCAUCAGAGGCCUAACUGUGACAGGCCCAGAGGACCACCGGGAGUUGGACGUCGUUAACACCUGCGGCCAUCAAGCGUUAAUGUGAGCUAAAAAUGUAACAGAAAAGGCGGUAUAACGACUAUAGUAACUCGAGGGAAAUAUGUCCUUUGCUUCAGCCUAUAAAAACAUCGAUGUGUCACCUUCAUCCAGAGAACAGACUGAUAACUCUGCUGGAAUGAUGUUGAGCCAAGGUGGAUGCUUUACCCAUGAACAUGGGCAGGUAUUGGGCAAUGAGCUUGGGCUGACUGAGAUGACAGAGGUUGACUGUUGUCACCUUCAGCACCUUAUCCAAGCCCAUGCGGAGGCACAGGUGGGGUUUUCAGAUGUACCGGAUGUCAGAUUUCACCCCUCUACAGUGAUGGUCAAUAAAACAGUUGGAUCCAUGGGGAUUUCUCCCUUGACAAGCGCUCAAGCUAUUGACCUGUCAACUUCAAAUGAAGACCACUGUCUAGGGAUACCUGGAGAAAAGACACCAGUGUCUUAUGGUGAGGUGCCAGGUUUUGUGCAGGCCAGAAUCAGAGCCGCAGAAAGCCCAGCCAAAUCACCUACCAAUGGCAGAAAAUCUUUACAGAACCGAUCCAGACCAGCUGCAAGAGUUUGCUUAGAGAAAAGAUUCAACACUAUGUGUGCUGAGACGUCAAGACAACAAGAUAUACAGUCUGCAGUUCUCAGCAAUUUUCUGACAAUACUUCAGCAGUCAGCAGAGGCUCAAGAGACAGUCAUACAUCCUCCAAAACAGAAGUGGUUGAAAAUGGACAGAGCAAAUUAUUUUGGGAUGUCUAGCUCAUAUAUGGAGGGUGUUUAUGGCCCAAUCACCAACAUGUGUGAUCAGGUUAUCAUCCCCAAGAGCAUUUUUAAUUUUCACCCAGCAGAAGAGCAGCUUUUGGUGAACAUAGAAAAGGAUGCAGUGAUACCUGCUGCCCCCAGGAAUCAUUGCUCCCAAACCAAAGCUGCUAAAGCCGCCCCAGACUCUGCUGGAGAAUCACAGAGCGGCACGAAGAAAAGCGCACGAUCUUGUAUGUCACUCAGCCAACGCAAGGAGAAACACAACAGUAAGGAGAGGGAACGCAGGAAGAGGAUUCGUUUGUGCUGUGAUGAACUGAACACGUUGGUGCCGUUCUGUGACUCAGAGACAGACAAAGUCACCACCCUGCAGUGGACCACAGCUUUCCUGAGAUACAUUACUAAAACGUAUGGAGACACUUUUAAAGAGGAGUUCCAGAAAGUCUUCACUCAUGAGAAAGCACUCUUCUGUAAAUCCAGCUCAGGUCAGGAUCCAAUCCACCAUAGGAUGGAUGAGACACUGAGCAGCAUUCCUCUGGCAGCAGAGCAAUGACCCCCCACCCCCACCCCCAUUGUUUUCUGUUCUAAUUCAACCUGCAGAGUAGCUCAGGCUUGAGUUGAGGUAUUGGUGACAUUUUACAUGGUUAAAUAUUUCACUUUGGUGACAUUUUACAUGGUUAAAUAUUUCACUUUGACCACAAUGCGAUGAUUCAGGAAGUGAAAGGUUUGGUUCAGCUAGUGUGAGGAUUGCUCUUGGAGAGAGAGGCUUUCCACACGCAGGUGGCACUGUUUCUCUUUGAAAAACACAGACAGCGCUCUAGUGGGCAGAUCCCUUAUUGCCAACCAUUUAAUUUUGAUAGUAUCUGCAGUAUUUAUUCCCUGUAUUUAGAUUUGCACUUUAAUGUUUUGUUUUCUGUUAUUUUUUAUUCAUUCAGAAUGUUCUUCAGCUGAGUGCCUACCAACAUCUGUUCGUAUAUUUAAGCAGUUUGGUCUCUAAAUAAGUGUUGCUACUUUGUUAAUUGACUUUUUUGAUUUCUGUGUUUACAGCAGAGUACUCUGAAAUGCAGACUGUUCAUUUGAUAUGUAGAGAAGAGUAAUGUUUUACUGAAAAGUGGCUUUAUUUGUUCUUUCUUACAACAUGUCGCUGUAGCAUCUUACUGUACAUACAACAUACACCCACAAAUAAUAAAUAGUAUUUAAAGUCAUGUAUAUUUAUAUUUAAUAGUUACAGCACCUGUAGUACAUAGUGGAUGUGGUCAUCUCAGAUUGGAAAAAAAAAUUUGCUCCUAAGAUUCUUAAAGUGUUUGUAUUUUACAAUGUGUGAUGUAU